AUGUUCGAUGCAGGCUUGGACCUCUUUCAAGGGGACAUUCUUCUGAGGAACUCCAGAAAUGGCCUGAGAGAUCCGACCACCAGAUGGAAAUUCCCCAUUCCUUACAUUCUGGCUGAUAAUCUGGAGCUGAAUGCUAAAGGAGCCAUUCUCUAUGCCUUUGAAAUGUUCCGCCUCAAGUCCUGUGUGGAUUUCAAGCCUUAUGAAGGCGAGAAGUCAUAUAUCAUAUUUCAGAAGUUUGAUGGGUGCUGGUCAGAGGUUGGUGACCAACACGUGGGUCAGAAUCUGUCCAUUGGUGAACGAUGUGACUAUAAGGCCAUCAUUCAACAUGAAAUCCUGCAUGCUUUGGGAUUUUACCACGAGCAGUCAAGGACUGACCGAGAUGAUUAUGUAAACAUCUGGUGGGAUGAAAUUAUUCCAGGUUACCAGCACAACUUUAACACCUACGACGACAACUUCAUCACAGACCUCAACACACCCUAUGAUUAUGAGUCUUUGAUGCACUAUGAACCUUUCUCAUUCAACAAGAAUGCGAGUGCCCCUACCAUCACAGCCAAAAUCCCCGAGUUUAAUCCCAUCAUUGGACAACGCCUGGAUUUCAGCGACAUUGAUUUAAAAAGGCUGAACCGAAUGUAUAACUGCACCACAACUCACACACUUUUGGACCACUGUGCCUUUGAGAAGGCAAACAUCUGUGGCAUGAUUCAGGGUACGAGAGACGAUGCUGACUGGAAUCACCAGGACAGUACUCGGCUGGGACAAGGGGAUCACACCUUGGUGGGACGCUGCACAGGCGCCGGCUACUUCAUGCAUUUCAACACCAGCUCAGGGUCAGCAGAAGAGGCCGCUCUACUGGAGUCUCGGAUUCUUUACCCAAAGAGGACACAACAGUGCUUGCAGUUUUUCUACAAAAUGACAGGAAGCCCUUCAGAUAGACUCGUCAUCUGGGUCAAAAGAGAUGACAGCACAGGCAACGUUCGCAAGCUGGUCAAGGUGAAGACCUUCCAAGGAGAUGCUGAUCAAAAUUGGAAAAUUGCUCACGUGACGCUCAGAGAGGAAAAGAAGUUCCGCUACCUUUUCCAGGGCACGAAAGGUGACCCCCAGAACUCAAAUGGAGGCAUUUUCCUGGACGACAUCACUCUGACAGAAACGCCAUGCCCCACAGGGGUUUGGACAAUUAGGAACUUCUCCCAGGUCCUCCAGAGCACAGUUCAAGGAGACAGACUCUUGAGCCCUCGCUUCUAUAACUCCGAGGGAUAUGGCUUUGGAUUGACUUUAUAUCCUCAUGGCAGACUAAGCUCCAGUAGCUCUGAGUACACAGGAAUUGCUUUUCAUUUGUGCAGUGGGGAGAAUGAUGCUGUCCUGGAGUGGCCCGUUAUAAACAGACAGGUCAUAAUGACAAUGCUGGACCAGGAGCCUGAUGCUAGGAACAGGAUGUCUUCCAGCAUGGUGUUCACUACCUCCACAUCCCAGACAUCUACAGCACUAAACGGCUCUGUCAUCUGGGAGAGACCAUCUGUGGUUGGAUCCUACGACUCGAACUGUAAUUGUUUUAGGAGCAUCGACUGGGGUUGGGGCAGUGCCAUCUCCCACCAGAUGCUGAGAAGGAGGAGCUUCCUUAAAAAUGAUGACCUCAUCCUUUUAGUGGACUUUGAAGAUAUCACUCACCUGAACAAGACUGAAGUUCCUAUUAAAAGCACAAGGCUGAGCCCCCAAGGCCUUACGCUCCACAAUCAGAAACAGGGGGUCACAGAGAAGGAUGCACAAAAGCCCUUGUUACAAGAAGUCCCACCUAGCAGCCUGAGUCAGGGGCAGCCCAGUCGACAGAAGAGGUCUGUGGAAAACUCGGGUCUCGUGGACUCCCACAACCAGCCACAGUACUUCAGAGACCCAUGUGACCCGAACCCUUGUCAAAACGAGGGCAUCUGUGUGAAUGUGAAGGGGCGGGCGAGCUGCAGGUGCAUCUCCAGACAAGCCUUCGCCUACACUGGGGAGCUCUGCCAGGCCAGGCAGGUACACGGCAACACUGUGGGCCUGAUGAUUGGAGGCGUGGCUGGUGCUAUCAUCUUGACCUUCACCAUCCUCUCCAUCUUUUCCCAAAGGUCACGGCAGUGA